AUGGCAUAUAAUUUUUCAUUAAUCAUAUCAGACUACUAUGCCAGGAUUUACCAUGAAGCAAUUUCAUAUUAUGAGAGAGCACUUACAUUAUCACCUAGAAGCUUGAGUACCUAUGCUGGUCUUGCAUACACUUAUCAUUUGCAGGAUAACUUUACUGCUGCAAUCACGUGCUACCACAAGGCUUUAUGGCUGAAACCAGAUGAUCAAUUUUGCACUGAAAUGCUGAGUUUGGCACUUGUAGAUGAAGGUCGUCGAGGCAUAGACCCCAAAAUUGAAUUCCGCUGAAACGAGUCAUUUUUAAGGACACUAUUUAUACUCUUUCGUUCUUGUUGUAAUGUAUGUGGAAUCUGAAGUCCUUGAACGGGUUGAAUCAUUUUGGUCCAUUUUAGAGUUAGGCCCGUGAUAUGACUGAAAACCAAAAUUAUUUUUAGCAU